AUGGCCGACAUCAAGAUCGAUAGCAAGCUCUUCCAGGAGCGAGUUUCGCACUUUGUCUCUUCAUGGAAGAAUGACUUGCGCUCCAAGGAGGCCAUCUUUGGAGGUGCCUCAUCCCUUGUCGUCACGAUGGGUAAGGUUGAGGAGACCCCGGAGCUUCACAAGAACAAUGCCAUGCACUUUUGGCUUCUUGGAUACGAGUUCCCCACGACCCUGAUGCUCUUCACGCUGGACAUGCUCUACAUCCUCACGACAGCCAAGAAAGCGAAGCACCUUGAGCAGAUCAAAGGCGGCCGAUUCCCCGUCGAGGUCCUCGUUCGCGGCAAGGACGCCGAGGAGAACGAGAAGCUCUUCGCCACCCUGGCGGACAAGAUCAAGGAGGCCGGAAACAAGGUCGGCGUCCUGGCCAAGGACACGUCGAGGGGACCCUUCAUCGACGAGUGGAAAAAAGUCCUCGGGGACAGGUGCAAGGAUGUCGAGCAGGUCGAUAUUACCAUCGCCCUCUCGACGUAUGCCUUUGCCGUCAAGGACGAACACGAGCUCCGCGCCAUGAGAGCUGCCUCGAAAGCUUGCGUCGCUCUCAUGACCCCUUACUUCCUCGAUGAGAUGUCCAACAUCCUCGACGCCGAGAAGAAGGUCAAGCACUCUGCCCUGGCCGAAAAGGUCGACAAGGUGCUGGACGACAACAGAUUCUGGAAGGCGGUCGAGCUCCCCGGCAAGGGCAAACUGCCGUCCGACUUCGACCCGGCUCAGCUCGACUGGGUUCUCGGCCCUGCCAUCCAGAGCGGUGGCAAGUACGACCUCAGAUUCCUCAGCGAGUCCAACGACGAGAACCUCCACGCGGGCACUAUCGUUGCUGCUAUGGGCCUCAGGUACAAGUCCUACUGCUCUACCAUCUCCCGCACCUACUUGGUCGACCCCAACAAGGCUCAAGAGGGCAACUACAAGCUGCUCUGCAUGAUUCACAACUCCAUCAUCAAGGAUAUCCGCGACGGCAUGCUGGCCAAGGAUGUCUACAGCAAGGCGCUCAGUCUUGUCAAGGCCAAGAAGCCCGAGCUGGAGAAGCACUUCCUCAAGAACGUUGGCUGGGGCGUCGGUCUGGAGAACAAGGACCCCACCCUCAUCCUCAAUGCCAAGAAUCAGCGGACUCUCAAGGACGGCAUGACGCUCAUCAUCCACACCGGAUUCCAAGACAUCGAGAACCCCCAACCCCAGGACAAGGGUAGCAAGAUAUACUCCCUCGUCCUUACCGACACGAUCCGUGUCACCGCGGCGGACCCCGUCGUCUUCACUUCCGAGGCCCCGACGAGCGCCGAUGCCAAUUCCUUCUUCUUCAAGGACGACGAGGAGGCCCAGCCUGCCCCCAAGAAGGAGAAGAAGGACCCCAAGGUCGGCGCCGUUGCCACCAAGAACAUACAGAACACCAGGCUCCGAUCCGGUCGCAGCACCCAGGUCGACGAGGUGGCGGACCAGAAGCGGCGCGAGCACCAAAAGGAGCUUGCCGCCAAGAAGCAGAAGGAAGGCCUCGCCAGGUUUGCUGAAUCCACCAGCAAGGAGAACGGAGGCGAGGUCAAGAAGUUCAAGCGCUUCGAAUCCUACAAGAGGGACAACCAGUUCCCGCCCAAGAUCCGUAACCUCGAAAUCGUGGUGGACGCCAAGAACGCCACCGUCGUCCUGCCCAUCCUCGGCCGGCCUGUGCCCUUCCACAUCAACACCAUCAAGAACGCGAGCAAGAGCGACGAGAGCGAAUUCACGUUCCUGCGCAUCAACUUCCUCUCUCCCGGCCAGGGUGUUGGCCGGAAGGACGACCAGCCGUUCGAGGAUGCCUCUGCCCACUUUGUGCGGAGCUUGACCUUCCGGUCGACGGACGGAGACCGCUACAGCGAGAUCGCGACGCAGAUUGCCAACAUGAAGCGCGACUCGGUGAAGCGCGAGCAGGAGAAGAAGGACAUGGAGGACGUCGUCGAGCAGGACAAGCUGGUCGAGAUCCGCAACCGCCGUCCGGCCGUGCUGGACAACGUCUUCAUCCGGCCGGCCCACGAGGGCAAGCGCGUCCCCGGCAAGGUCGAGAUCCACCAGAACGGUAUCCGCUACCAGUCGCCUCUGAACGCGCAGCACCGGGUGGACAUUCUGUUCUCCAACGUCAAGCACCUGUUCUUCCAGCCGUGUCAGCACGAGCUGAUCGUCAUCAUCCACAUCCACCUCAAGGACCCCAUCAUCGUCGGCAACAAGAAGAAGACGAAGGAUGUGCAGUUCUACCGCGAGGCGACGGACAUUCAGUUUGACGAGACGGGCAACCGCAAGCGCAAGUACCGCUACGGCGACGAGGACGAAUUCGAGGCCGAGCAGGAGGAGCGGCGGCGACGAGCCGAGCUGGACCGGCUGUUCCAGGGCUUCGCGCAGAAGAUUGCGGACGCGGGCCGCAACGAGGGCGUCGAGGUGGACAUGCCGAUCCGCGACCUGGGCUUCUUCGGCGUGCCCUUCCGAAGCAACGUCUUCAUCCAGCCCACCACGGACUGCCUGAUCCAGGUGACGGAGCCUCCGUUCAUGGUGCUGACGAUUGAGGACAUUGAGAUUGCGCACCUGGAGCGCGUGCAGUUUGGCCUCAAGAACUUCGACAUGGUCUUCGUCUUCAAGGACUUCUCCCGGGCGCCGUACCACGUCAACACGAUCCCGGUCGAGCACCUGGACCAGGUCAAGGACUUCUUCGACUCGUCCGACAUACCCUUCUCCGAGGGACCGCUGAACCUCAACUGGCCGACCAUUAUGAAGACGGUGACGCAGGACCCGCACCAGUUCUUCGCCGACGGCGGCUGGUCCUUCCUCCAGGCCGACUCGGACGACGAGGGCUCCGAGGAGGAGGAAGAGUCGGCCUUUGAGAUGAGCGACGAGGCCUUUGACGAGGCCUCGGAGUCGGAAGACGAGUCAGACUUUGACGGCAGCAACGCCAGCGACGAUGACGACGGCGAUGCCGAGCUCGACAGCGAGGACGAGGGCGAAGACUGGGAUGAGAUGGAGAAGAAGGCCAGGAAGCGUGACCGCGAGGAUGCCGCGGCGGCCAACAAUGACGACGACAGCGGCAGCAAGAAGAAACGCAAGAGGUGA